GGGAGGGUAGGGUUCAGGGAGUAUAAAUAACGAAACAAACGAAGCGACCAGAUGGCGGAAGUGCGCGCUGAAAUACUCGAUUGUCAUAUCCAUAUGUGGGAUAAUAAGACAUUUUAUUACCCAUGGCCUGGAAAGGAGCUGAAAGACAUCUACCGGCCAUUCUCCCUGGAGGACCUGGAAGAGGAGUUGACAGAGACACCAGUCCGCAAGGCCAUGUUUAUACAAGUAAACCAGACAUAUGAAGAAACAGACUGGAUACUAAACUUACCAGACGUUAAUGGCACCCUUGAAGGAAUUGUCGGAUGGGUGGAUCUCCAAGACCCUAAGCUGGAAAGCAUUCUGGAAAGGUAUAAAAAAUUCCCAAAAUUCAGAGGUGUUCGUAACAUUCUAGAGGGUGAACCAGACAAUGCAUGGCUUGAACGACCAGAGGUUCUCAGAGGGUUAGGUAUUUUAGAAAAGAAGGGUCUCACAUUUGACUUGCUUAUAAGGGAAAGGCACUUCCAGAUAGCCAAUGAUGUUGUCAAGAAGUUCCCAAGAUUAAAGUUCAUGAUAGAUCAUAUCGCGAAACCAAAUAUAAAAGAGGGGGCCAUUGAUAGCUGGAAAGCAGGAAUCACUGAGCUUGCGAAAAAUCCAAAUGUGUUUUGUAAAAUCUCUGGGAUGGUCACAGAAGCAGAUUUGUGCAACUGGACUAAAGAUGACCUCAAGCCAUACGUGAAGCACGUGUUGUCAGUAUUUGGCACUGACAGGUGUGUUUACGGUUCUGAUUGGCCAGUUUGUAAGGUGGCUGGCGCUUCGUACGCUGGCGUGUUCAAGGCAUACACCGAGAUCAUCGCAGAUCACGUGACCAAAGAGGAGAGGGACGCUAUUCUUUGCAAAAAUGGAAGAAGAUUUUACAAUCUGGACAGAUUAUAGAAUAUCUAGAACUAAAUAAUUAUAGAAUAUCAAGAAACAAAUAGAGUACUAAAUAUUUUCGUUUAGAUUUCUAUCGAACCGUAUGAAUUGCACAAUCUUUUCGCGCAGUUUUGUUUUGCCAACUGGCCUCUCAAGAAAAAGGGAUAUAGGGGGAGCUCGAAUUAUCCAAGUUCGGGUUCUCGAGGUUCACUGUAUCAAACAUUGAGGGGUCAUCCACACUAACACGGAUUCAAAAGUCCGGAUUCGGUUCGCCAAAAACGCAUCACUUGAUUCGCGUCCACACUAUCGUUUUCGCAGAGUGUUCGUCUGGAUCCAGCUGUCCAAACUAACACCGAUUUCAAACGUUUGAAAACGCUGAAAGGUACGGCGUGACGUCAUUUUUAUGCAUGCUCAUUGCAGCAGACGCGCCUGCGAUAUGACGUUAUCGUUUUCAUUUUCGGACCAAAGUGUACGGAUUCAUUUUGAUUCACUUUCGACGGCGUUUUCAAAAGUAUCCGGAUUCUCUGGAUCCAGCGCGCGUGUUAGUGGACGAAAGUCCUAAACGUAUCAAAAAAGUAUAUAGAUCCAAACGAAUCCGUGUUAGUGUGGAGGGCCCCUAAGUCAAGUCAAGAUGCCAAACCGGUCAGCAUAACUGACAGGUGCGUACCGAGGAUUGGUUGAGGGGGGAGGUGGGGGCGCAGUCAUAUAAUAAAAGCAUGGUAUUUGAAGACUCUUUAAUAAGAAAUGCCAGCCACUUAGUGGCCGCCAAGGGGAGGGGGGGUAUGGGGAAGUGCGCGUUUCCCCUUGUUUACAAGCCUGUUAGCCUAUCCCUACAGAUUUCCACAUGUAUAUUUUAGUAGAUUAGAGUGGUUUUCAAAAACCGUGAAAUACUAUUUAGUUUAUUUAGUACUAAUACUGUUAUGUCUUUGUUCUCUCUUGUCAUGGCUUGACUAUUACACUUUAACAACUUCAAUUUGUUGUACGGAAUUUUGAAGGCCAUAAUACCACCCGUAUUUACAUUGUCAAGUAAAGGGGAAGGGGGAGGUGCCAGUGACAGGUUCAAUGAUUUCAGAGGGCCGGUAUUAAAAUGACUUUCAUCGCCAUCGGGAGCAUAUGGAGGGAUAUCGAAAGUUCCAUAUAUCACGCA